CGGUGCUGGAUGUGUGCACAGAGAGCCGCUUAGCUCAGCGGGGCUCCGCCACACAGCAAAUGCGGAGCCGGGAUGAGGAGCGUGUGUGUCGCUGCUUUUUGUGCGGCUUCGGUGUUUUCAAUUUGAGAUGCGAUUUAACAACCAAAAAAAACUAACAAAAAAAAACUGCGUUCACCGAAAAGUUAAUAAGUUCCACUCCGGUGGUAAAUGAGCGUGGAGACUGUGGACAGAUGAGAGUCGGGAGAAAGUGAAUUUGGAGCUUUUGGAGGCACUUUCGUUGCUCGGCUCUUUGUGCUGCGGGUUGCAGCUUUUCCCUUUUGGAUAGAAAGGCUUCCAAGAUAGAUUCCCUCAGGAGUAAAGUGGACUUGCUGCGCCUCCCUCUGGCCCUCUCCACCAAGUCCAUCAGCAGUCGUAAGAGCCAGCUGGGCGUGGUCUGGGAGAAAGGCGGCGGCUCGGGGGCAGGAGGGGCCCGGAAACACCGCCCACCGCCGGCCUCCGACAUGGACAACGAGUCGACGUACUCGGGCUACUCCUACAAGUCGUCCCACUCGCGAAGCUCCCGCAAACACAGGGACAGGAGGGACAGGCAUCGCUCGAAGAGUCGCGACAGCACCAUCCGUGGAGACAAAUCGGUGACCAUCCAGGCUCCUGGAGAGCCGCUGCUGGACGCGGAGUCCACCAGAGGAGACGACAGGGAUGACAACUGGGGCGAGACCACCACGGUGGUCACCGGCACCUCCGUGGACAGCGUCUCCAACGAGGACCUGACGCGCAUGUCGAAGGACCUUGAGGAUUCUUCGCCGCUGGAGUGCCGGCGUUACCUCAGCCCAGCGUUGGCCGCCGUCCUGGGGCUCUUUGCUCUCAUCACCCCUCUGGCCUUCUUGGCCCUCCCACAGCUCCUUUGGCGGGAUGAACUGGCGCCUUGCGGCACACCAUGUGAGGGCCUUUACAUUUCUCUGGCCUUCAAGCUCCUGAUCCUCUUCAUCUCCACCUGGACGCUGUUCCUGCGCCCGCCCAGAGCCACUCUGCCGCGCUUCUUCAUCUUCCGCUCUCUGCUGCUGGCAUUGGUCUUCCUCUUCGUGGCGUCCUAUUGGCUCUUUUACGGGGUGCGGGUGCUGGAGCCCAGAGAGACGGACUACAGGGGGAUUGUGGGAUAUGCAGCGUCUCUGGUGGACGCGCUGCUGUUCAUUCAGUACUUGGCCCUGGUGCUGCUGGAGGUCCGGCAUCUGCAGCCCGCUUUCUGUCUAAAGGUUGUGAGGACUACAGACGGACAUAGUCGCUUCUACAACGUGGGACAUCUCAGUAUUCAGAGGGCUGCAGUGUGGGUUCUGGACCAGUACUACAGUGACUUCCCAGUCUAUAACCCCGCCCUACUCAACCUGCCCAAGUCCAUCCUCUCCAAGAAAAUGUCUGCCUUCAAGGUUUACAACUUGGGGGAAGAGAACAGCACCAAUAACUCCACGGGUCAGUCCAGAACUAUGAUCGCAGCCGCUGCUCGGAGAAGAGACAAUUCCCACACCGAGUACUACUACGAGGAGGCAGAAGUGGAGCGCAGGGUCCGCAAACGAAAGGCCAGACUAGUGGUGGCAGUAGAAGAAGCAUUCACCCACAUCAAGCGUCACCAGGACGAAGAGGCGACCGCAUCCUCCCCCAAACACCCGCGGGAGGUGAUGGACCCCAGGGAGGCGGCCCAGGCCAUAUUCGCCCCCAUGGCUCGGGCCAUGCAGAAGUACCUCCGCGCCACCAGGCAGCAGUCCUACCACAGCAUGGAGAGCAUCAUCAACCACCUGCAGUUCUGCAUCACACACAACAUGACUCCCCAGGCUUUCCUCGAGCGUUACCUAAGCCCAGGCCCCACCCUACAGUACCUGGACACCAGCAGGGGGCGCCAGUGGACACUAGUGAGUGAGGAGCCGGUGACUUCUGCUCUCCAUCAAGGCCAAGUCUUCUCCCUGAGACGCCUCGACUUCUCCCUGGUCGUUACGGUGACGCCCCUCCCCUUCCUGCGUUUGGGCGAAGAGUUCAUCGACCCCAAAAGGCACAAGUUUGUCAUGAAGCUCCAGUCCGAGACGUCUGUGUAGGACGAGGACGCUGAAUCAAACAUACUCAUCUUAGUGCUUUCAGGGUAUCUUCUUUUUAUUUUUAUUUUUUUGUAUACCUUUUUUUUAGUUUGUUUUCGUGAUUUUUGCUUUGUUUGUUGAUGAGCGUGACACCCAAGAAUAAAAAAAGAAAAGACAACGUAAUGUCAGACAUUGUUACCCAAACAAACUUUAUUAGACUCAAAGUGCUAACUGUUAACUUUUGAUAUUGCACUACAGACUGCUCCCAGUUCCCAUGAUACUGACAUUUUCUUUGGGUUUCUUAGGAGCUUUUCAACACUCAUUUAAGGAAAUACAUUGUUUUGAUGAAAGAAAAUUGAUUCUUCGGUUGAAAGAAUGACUACUUGUGUCUAUCGGUUGGAUUUUAGCCAAUUUUUUUUAUUCCUGCAACAUUUAUUCAAGAGAAUAUACCCAUGUAGGGUCUGUGUUAAAGUAUUUUGAGUGUGCACUGACCUUUUUUAAUGCACACUCUAUGUCAGAGCUAAUCUUACUUCCCUUUUCCCUUUUUUACUUGAACUUCUUGUUAUCGAAUUUGGCCUUUACAGGCUACAGACGGACAGAAUCAGGUGAUGACCCCAUGGUCCCCUGGUCUUCCCUUUCGGGCCAUUGAAUGGUUUCACUGACUGAAUCAUUCCGUCCUCUUUUUGUUUACUGAAAAGUGGACAUGCAUACUGUACUUCCCACUGAAAGUCAGAAAUAAGAAACACUGGAUGGACUUCUAAUGCACUGAUCAUUUUAUCAGUGCAUUGUUUGUAUUAUUUCCCGCUCAGGUUUUAUUGAAUCACUUCUCAUUUCUGGAGAAAUUCCCUCCUGCACUGAGAAUUAAUCUAACUUUCUGAGCAUAAUGUAUGACCAGUUUAUGUCCAGUGAUACUGGUAACGAAUGUUUUCUCCUCUACAUAUGAGGUUUGAAUUGGACUUGAUGAACUCAAGCACAAUACAGCCAAGUACUGCCAAUGUGUUUCUUUUUGGCAGCUUGAUGGUAAUUACUGUCUCUGAUAUUUUUAAAGUGAGUGUGUUAAUUUGUGUGUGUGUGUGGUUGAGCAUGGCUGGAUCACUAACCGGACAAAGUGGCCUGGACCAAAAAGCCUUAGGGUUCCUCCUUGUGCGUAAUUUGAGUGACUACAAGUAUUUUUUUUUUUUUUUUUUUUUUUUUUUUUCACUUCUGAAGUACAAUAUAUAUUAAGACAGGUUCUCCAUUACCUAACUUUUGGCUCAGUCUUGUAGAAGUGGCCGUGUCAAAAUCUAAUUUUCAAGACCUUAAAAAAGUGCUUCCCCCGAUUUAGUACUGCACUCCUUUUGCCAUUGUUGGACUUGAUAGUGCAAAACGUUUCAAAAUCAAUGCAGCAGAAUCCGAGAUAUCUUUUAAUUCCACACAUUCCUCAAGCCACAAAAGGCUUUACUCAGUACAGCUUUUUUUCACAAGACCUGUAAAAAAUGUUUUUGUGAAAGAUAAGGCUCUUGCCCUGUAAUUACUUUUGUUUAUUUUUGUUCUAUACUAUAUUUCUAUCAAAGUGCUUUAAGGCAAUUGACACUGAUAUUGACACGGCUAUUAUUCAGUUGAUUAUUCAGCACAGAAAAUCAACAUUCACAUUUGUGAAGCCAGACACCAAUGAUUUUUUUUGUGUUUCUGCCUAAAUAAUCUACAAAUAAUCAAAAUAGUCGCAGAUGGAUUUUCAGUUGAUUAACUAACUGAUUAACAGAUUUAAUUGUUCAACUUCUAGAGUAAUAUUUGGUGCCGUAUAUAUGAGGUGUCAACAGGGGAUCCCCAGCAGGAUAAUCCAGCCAUGUACAUGUACACAUUUGUGUCUUUUGUCACUCAGAGAUAAAUUUAUAGAUGUCCUUUUUACACUACAGAUUGUUGUGCCACUCAACAAGCGGUUGACUUGUACAUUUUGAUGCAGUUUCUAAGGUUGUAUUGUUCCAGUUUUUAAAUAGAUCACUUUGUUGUACUCUAUCUAUGCUCCUAACACUUGUCUCUGAAGGACAUUGUCUUUAAAACACAGAUUGUUGGGUAACACUUUACUUGAAAGUAUCAUGUGUGUGACAUGACACUGUCAUGAACACAUGACACUGUCAUGACAC